CUCGACUGGAUCCAUUCUCGAGGCCUCGCACCACCACCAGCCGCCAGCGCGGACGGAGCUUCUUGGUGGAACAAUUUAUAACGUAGGUCGCUCGAUUCAAUCGUCACGCUCUGCUGCCAUUCGUUCUCCAGUCGAUCGAUCUUCGUGCAUUUCAACCCUCAUCUGCGUCAACCCCAGAGUGUGAUCACCACCCACUGUGCCUGGAUCCUGUCGGAUGGCGUCUGCCGCUCUCCUGUCCUCUGCUGUCACGAAUCUUCCGAUCCCCUCGACAGCCACCGCCAUGAGUCAUCAGCGUGUCAUCACCACGCCCGCCGCUCUUCGGGCGGCCAGCAGGAGCUGCAGUGCCACGGCCGUGGCGAUGGCUGCUCGGCGAACCAGCUCCCCCGCCGGCGGCGCCGCGGCGGCGUUCUCCUCCAAAUCGUUUCGUCACGCGGUGGCUCUCCCUAUUCAUCUCAGUGGCUUCCGUGGCAUGACUGCCACUACUGGAAGCAAUGGCGGGAACGGAGCUGCUGCUACCACUGCCGCGGCUGCGCCUCGUGCCAUGGCACUUGCGCCAAACUCUCCCACGAGCAAUGCCUCCUUCACCGGUGAUGCUCCUGAAACCGAUUCUCGCCUCACAUUCGCGAAGAUGAUGGCGAAACUAGUGGCGACGGGUGUGGUUACCGUGCUCGUUCUCUUCACCUCGCCCCUCGCUGCCUGUGCCGCAGAGUUUCCCUGGCCGGGAGUGGAAUACGAGCAGCUGCCGUCCAACCCUGCCUCCAUGUCCUUGAAUGAACUUUCCGACUCUGCCCAAAGCGCCGGGCAGAAGGUGAAAGAAGGGGCGGAGGAAGCGGGAGAGGCUUUGGGGCGCCAGGCGAGUAAGGCCAGAGAGUCACUGUCCGAAAAGGUGAAAGAGACACACAAGGGAGCUGCGGAUCGGGCGAAAGAAACGGCCACGGCGACGGGGAAACAGGCGGAGAAUCUGCGGGAGGCUGCUGGGAAACGCGCGGAGGAACUCGGAGGGACGGGCAGUCAGCAGGUGGAAGGCUCGGGGGCGCCGGGGCUUGGCACGGCUGAGAGGCAGGCGGAGGAGAUUCUCCGCCAGGCGCGUGGGCAGGUGGAGAGCGUAGGGGAAGGGUUGCGCCGAUCGGGGGGCGCACAGGGGGGAAAGUCGGUGGGCGCGAAGGAGGGGGCGUCGGGCGCCGAGGGGGGGACAUUGGGCGGACGCAGAAAACUCACCCUGAAGGAAGGGAUUGAGAAGGUGAAGGAGGAAGCGGGGGAGAGGGUGAGAGGGCUUGAGAAGGGGAGGGAAGAGGCGGGGAAAGCGGCUGAGAGGGUUAAGGAGGGAGUCAGGAAGGGAGUGGAGCGAGCGGCUGAGAAGGCUGGGAGGGGAGUUGAAGAGGCGAGGAAGGGAGUGGUGGGAUCUGCAGAGCGCGCAGGGGAGACGGUGAAGGAGAAGGUGAGGCAGGGAGGGGAGAAGGCUGGGAGGGGCGUUGAAGAGGCGCGAAAAGGGGUGGUGGAAUCUGCAGAGAGUGCAGGGGAGAAAGUGAAGGAGGGUGGGGAGAGGGUGAAGGAGAGCGGGGAGGCGGCAGGGCGUGGGAUCCUGGAGUCGCUCAAGGAAGGACUGAAGCUCUGAGGAGUGUGGACUGGAGGAGUGUGGACUGAAGCUCUGAGGAGUGUGGACUGAAGCUCUGAGGAAUGUGGACUGAAGCUCUGAGGAGUGUAGACUGAAGCUCUGAGGAGUGUGGACUGAAGCUCCUGCCAGGAGUGACUCUGGGAGUCACUCUGAAGACUGCCUGCUGGUUUUGCUGGUCUGGUGCUGUGAGGAGGGCGGACUAGGGGGAAUGAGGGUUGGCCACAACUGGUACCUUUGUUACUUUCAAUAUGAGUGGGUUCCGUGUGUGUAUGCUUGCAAUUGCAAUGUGGCGUAUCUCGAGCAGAGCAGAGCAACAUUGCAGCAUGUGAUGUGAUAGCGG